AGGAAAGCUCAAUCGGAUGGGUAGGCUGGCAUUCGCGGACUUCUUUCAUCUGUAUGGAUGGUCGAGAAGUAUGCUGAAAGUAAAUCUUCAAGUUAGAAAGAACAUCCAUCACGUUAUCUUGCUCCUGGGGAUAAUUUGGACUGUUCCUGCAGGACUAUGGUUUAAUGGGAUGGUGCAUUGCGUUACGGUAUGCCGAAUUGUCGUGGAACGAAGUAUACGAUAUAGGCUGUUAAUUCUUGUUGAUACUGCAAAUAUUUUUGAGUGCAUUUAAUAUAUGUAUAGCACGAAGGAUCAAUCCUGGAUUCUGUGAUACGUGAUCAUGUGACUUGACUCUGAACUUGUGUCUUGAUUUAAUUCCGUUACGUUCUGCUGUGUUUAUGGAGUACAUGAGAAUCUACGAACUGAGAGAUAUGCAAUUUAUUCGGUGACCUGAUAUUUAUCUUGGUAUUCGGUAGGAGCAUGAUGAUGAUGCUUAAUUUGGAAGCUUCUCUCGACUAGACAAUUUACGGGAGUAUUUAGCUUUGAUUUUGCUUUAACAGCUGAUCGACACUUCUAGUAAACUGCAGUUCGAUUGUCUGAGCAGAAGGACAAUACUCGACAACAGACAAGCCACCAACAUUGAAAUUAAUUUUAAAAGUAGGAGGCAGUAGUGGCACUCCUGAACACGGUAACGAGUCGCCCAGUCAGUCCACCAUGUUGUCCCAACAUUAUCAACAACAAUUGGGUCUUUAUUCGGUCACCCAAGGAGAAUCGGAGUACGACAGGUAUAUGGGCCACAAGAAACUGAAGAAGAAAAAGAAAAAGAAGGAUAAGAGACACAAGCAUCAUCACAAGGAUAAAAAGAGACGUAGAGAGGAAUCCAGUCAAGAAUCAGUUGGUGAUGGGGAUGAGAGUCUCAUAGAGGCUCCUAAAAAGAUAGCAAAUCACCAUCUUCUAGCUCCUAGACCACCUUCUAGCACUGAGCAUAGAACAAGUCUAUUAGCCAGUUCCAGUUCACUCUCGCCUCACCGUGAACCGCGAACCUGCGUCCUUAGAAAGAUUGCCGAACGGACGCCUCUUCAACGGCUUCUGGAACAUCUUCUCAGAUCAAUGGAGAAACGGGAUCCCCAGCAAUUCUUCGCUUGGCCCGUUACCGACAAUAUUGCUCCUGGAUACUCCCAGAUUAUCACGAAUCCCAUGGAUUUUAGCACUAUAAAACAAAAGAUUGACGACAAUAACUAUCAAAAUUUAAGUGAAUUCGUAAAUGAUUUUAGACUGAUGUGCGACAACGCGACGACCUACAAUCAUCCUGAUACGAUUUACUUCAAAGCUGCCAAGAAAUUGCUUCACGUUGGUCUGAAAAUGGUCACUCCUGAGAAAUUGAGACAAUUACGACCAGUAUUGACGUAUAUGCAUGAUAUUUCAAAAGAUGAACUUGGUUUUGAAUUAGGCGUCGAGGAUCCUAACAAUCCAGAUGUCCUGGUGACUGAAGAACAGAUUGAGAAAGAACGAGAGCAGGAGGAACGUAAUGAAGAGGCCGAGGAACUGCGCAAAGAGAAUCAGAGGAAAAUGAGAUUGGCGAGCUUGGGUAAGUUCGAAGCAAUCCCGGAUGAUCUCACGCCCGAAGAGAUCUUAAAGCAAGCGAAAGGAGCGGCUAAGAGUGCUUCUGAGAAACUUAGUCUGAAACGCGUUAACUCAAAGAUGGGUUUCCUGAGGCAGAAGAAGGACGGUACUACGAGUUUGCAAAUUAUAGUACCUGGAGACGGUGUUAUUCCUGGGACUAAUCAGAGGCCGGUAUCUCUGGGUCAGCUAAUAGGAAAACUUAACCACGGAACAGGCGCGCUUGCCGGGUUCCGUGAGGAUAGAAGAAAUAUGUCAAAACCAGUGAAACCUUUGUACUAUGGAGCUUUUGGUUCUUAUGCUCCAAGUUAUGAUUCAACCUUUGCUAAUCUUACCAAGGAAGAGACUGACUUGGUGUAUCAAACUUAUGGAGAUGAUACAGCUGUUCAGUAUGCAGAGUCGAUAUUGGAUUUUGCCAAGGAUUGUGACUAUACUUUAACCAUGGUGGACGAUCUGUUAGACAUUUUAACCAGUGGCGAUCAUCGAAAGACUAAGAAGUUCUUGGAGGAGCAGCGCAGACUUCGUGAGGAAGAGGAGAAGAUAAAACAUCUAUUGGAAAAACCACUUCAAGAUGUUAAUAGAAAUAUCCCACCGGUAGACAAAGUAAAGGUUGACAUGGACCAAUUGAAGAGUCUUUCUGACUUGGGCAUCGAUGUAAACUUUUUGGAGAAUCUAGAGGAGGAGUUGAAGUUGACAGAAGAACGUGCAGUUCUUCAAAAUCGUCUAGAUGAUACUUCCCAAAUGUUAGGUCGUCUAAGACAAGCGCAACACGAGCGCCUAUCAGCGCCACCUCCAACGCACUUGUCAAACAUUUCAAAACCCCAAGACACCGAAAUGAUCCUAGCAGAGAAGAUCACGGACAACCUAGCUGAUAUAGCAAAGAAACUUCCUCCAUCAGCUAUAGCUCCUGUAGAGGGUCUACGAAGAGCAAUGGGUAUUGCACCUAUUGGCGGCCCUGAGCCAAUGGACGUCGAUCCAAUAACUCAUAAUUCAGCAAUUGGAACGGAGAAUCCUUUGAUGCCAGCGAAUAACGCUAAUCAGGUUCCCCAGAAUAUAUUACCCACGCCCACACCUAUUCAACCUGGUACCUUGCUCAACGUUACGACUCAGCAAAAUCAAACCAUCAGUAUAGUAAAUGCAGGACAACCUCCAAUUCAAAUACAGAUUGGUAUGCAGCAUAAUCAAUCCAAUACUCUAUUGAGUGCAGUGGAAGCCUCUGCAGUACCGGAUCUCGAAUCUGAACUUCGUGAAUUCCUCGAGAGUGAUCCCACACUAGGACACUCGCCACUACACGAUGAUAAGACUCUAGAGGAUAUAUUAUCGGAGUCGUAACCCAUAGACUCGGACAAUGGCUCGCUGUAAUCUAAAUCUCUAGACUUAGGCUAGGCUGUACAUUUUAAUAUUUUAGAUAUAUGAAGGUCACCUUCAGAAACUAAUCAAUAAAGAAACUUCGAGUGUCCCGCAA